CCUGUGCCCGCCCUUCUACGCGGGGGGCGGUGGCUGCUAAUGUGCAUGCGCUGGGUUGCGCGCGGGAUACGGUUUGCUAACGGCUCUGCGGGCUGACGCGAAUCGGUGGCGGUGGGAACGUUGAGCAGGCGGCGGGGUGGUGAGUCUUCGGAUCAUGAAACGCCGCCGAGCAUCUUCUGGUAAAAGGGGAGUGACUGCUGAUGGGGGAACAGCAAAAAGACCCACUAAGUCACACAACCUGCAAGGACCUACCAGCCAGAAGGGAACAGGGGGCAAAGGGAAUAAACAUCAUCAGAAAAGAAAGCACGUCACUCAGGCAGUCAGAAGGAAAGAUGAGGAACAUGAGGAUUCUUCUUCCUCUCCAGGAGAAAAAGGUCAUUCAAAAAAGGUGAAGUUAUCCAGUGCUAAGCUAGGAUCAUGGCAACCGCUCUCAGAGAGCAGCAGGAAGUUUCUGGAAAGUGUGAUGGACUCAGGAAUACUAUCUAUUUUGUGCCAACAAAGUAAGGGAAAAGAAGAUGUUCAGAAACACCUCAAUUUGCUGAAAGAAAGGGUGCUGAGAGUCUUCAAGACCUUAAAGGUACCCUCAGGGAAGCUGAGCAACCUGAACAAUGUCCUGAGGUUUCAAGUGGCACAGAAACAAAUACUUGAGAUGAAUGAAACAGCUUUGGUACAAUUGCAGGAAGAAAUAAAUGAAGCUGAGAAAUCAGCAGAACACACAGAAGAAACUAUACUGAGACUGCAGCAUGACAUCCAGGUGCUCAAGAGCCAGUUAGAGGAAGAGGAAAGAAAGGCCAGGAAGCUGUUCCGGGAAGGUGACACUAAAGAACUUCACCUUCCAGAACUUCCCAAGUGCAGUUUACAGGCACCCACUUUGCAGGAAGAAAUUUUGAUGGUAGAAAAUCAGAAGGGUCUUUUAGAGGAUAUGAACACCAUUCAGCAGUCAGCUGAUAUGAAGAAUAUGUUGACCUUCAUGGAAAAGAUCUAUGAGAAGGUGGACUUUGUUUGAGAAACUUAAACAUUUGGAGUCUUCUCUGAAACAAGAUUUAUGCCAGUGUGCUCUGUGGUACAGUGGAACACUGGUCAUGGAAAUGGCACUUUGUUCUUAAUGGCUUUACUAUUGUGCUGCUGAAUAUAAUACAAGCUGUAGAUUUGUAUCUGCAUUUUAUUUUCUUGGACCUAUUAUGGCUUCUUCUAAUGUUGAAAUCUGUUGUCCCAGGAGAAGGGAGGGAGGAAGGUGGCACCUGUGUAUCCUUAAGUAAUUUCAUACAGUAAAGUUACCUGUUGUAUUUGGACUUUUUGUAUUUUAUCUGUAAAUUGUUGAAAGCAGUGCUUCUUAAACUAACACUUAUUUUGGGAUUAAGUCCAUCUUUGAACCUGAAAUGAAGUACAAAUAUGCUUAUCACAUAACUCAGUUGCAAGUCUCCUUAUCAACUUUUUAUUUAAAAGUAACUUAAAGAAGUCUCCAUAGCAGGAGAUUAAAAUUCCUGUUGAAUUGGUAAAAAUAUGAAUUUAUAUUUACAUUUUCAUAUUCAGCAAUUCUAAAAAUACACUUGUAUGUUGUUUAUGCUCAUGACUGGAGAAAGUGGGUAAGAAAACUAUAGAGCAAAUUUCUAAAUUGCAAGUUGUGCUCGCCUCAUUUCAUUCACUGCCAGUUAUUUUCCAGCUUUAUAGAAAGAAAAUGAAGUCAAACAUCCAUUUUUACAUGUCCUUUCAUCUCCUGUGUUUUUUUCAGGGUAGAGUUUCUAUCAUAAAUGGUUGAGUUAUUAAAUAGUGCUUUCUCUAGCCAAACUGCCAGCUGGAACAUAGUGCUCUUUACAUUGACUUACCGCACAGAUGCUUGUUCUGUUGCUUACAAGCUACUGAUAACCUUAAUAAAACGUGAGAUAAUCAUCUCAUAAUUUCUUCUCCUAUGUUUAGGAGAAGGAAAACCAGGUUAUAAAUGUUUCUAAAUAGUUUGGAUAACUCUGCUGAGGGUGUCACUUACUGACAUAAUUGUACAUGGUUUAUAAGAUGCUGCAAAUUUUAAUGAGGGAAGUCUUUCCUUCAUUUCCCUGAUGCAGGAGAGGGGUCUCACAAUAAUAAUAAAACUUGUAGAAGCUUUGCAGAUCUA